GUGUGGAAUUACAGUUGAAGUUUCAUACACUUGGUUUACGAUUUUGCAAAGACAGGACAUCAGAAUGAAGAACGUGUUUAUCCAUCUCCUGGUAGUUGUCUUUGCUCUUGCUGCCACUAGGGUUUCAUACAGUAAUGCGGAUGACUCAUGGAUUUGGAAGUUAUUUCGUAAAGGAAAACCAACAACGACAACUAGGCCAACGACAAGACCAACAACAAAACCAACAACAAAACCAACAACAAAACCUACAAAACUCCCUUCUCUUAACGAAAUCCCACAUGACGAACUUAAAAAAUUCAUGAUUGCAUCAAAAAAUAUGUCAAGUUUAUACAAGUAUUUGGGAAUCAGCCAAGGGAUGAGCAUGAGGAUAAAACAAAAAACUAAACCUCCUCCACCACCAGACCCAAAAGUACAUGCACAGAGUAUUAGUGAAGAUGCUGGCUGUGCUUGUGCACCAASAUUGACAAGAUCCUUCAUACMGAACCCCACAUGGUACUUGGGAAGSUUCAUUCCAAGCAAUUGCUUAGUAACCUUCCAAUGUGGUGGUGGAUGCGUAGUUCCAGACCGCCAAGAAUGUCGAGCUGUUGAUUCUGAAGUGARAACAACAUACAAGUACUACUACUAUAUGAAAUUUACCCAAAAAUUACCUGAGAUACGAGCGUUCACCAUAGAUUACCAUAAAAGAUGUGAUUGUGUGUGCAAAARAAGAAAUUGCCCCCCAAAAAUGUUCCUCAACCAAGAUAUUUGUAUGUGUACAUGUAAACAAGAGUACAGUGCUGAGGUGUUGAAGUGCAAAACACCAUUUGAGUAUGAUAGCGAAAAAUGUGCAUGUGUAUGUAAAAAGAAAUAUUGCCCUCACGGCAAAAUAUUGGAUCGACACACCUGUACGUGUAGAUGUCCGCGUGGCUUGGUGGAUAUAGGACAAGGCAAAUGCAGUUUGAUCAGUAUGUCGAACAAUAAUGGAAAGUAAAAAACAUAAACUCUCAGAAUAGUCGAGGAAAUUGCCUGUUUUUUAUUUACUUAUGUACAAAUAGUACGAACUUAAAUACAUUUGUGUAUAGUAAAAAGUUUUCCUUUUCCCAUAUCAAAGAGUUGCCUUCUUUCCGUAUAUAUAACAUAGAUUUGAAAAAAGAGCUUCGGAGAUCCCACAUAAUGACAAUAAUUCUUUAAUAUGAAUUGCGUAGAACAAACUACAAAAACGUUGUUAAAACGCUUCAGUUUACCAAGCCCUAAAUAAGCACAGAUAUUUACAGACUAAACAAAUAUUUAGCGGCGAUAUUGUGCUAACAUGUCCACUGUCAUUAUUUGUAAAACAAAACUAUAACCAUACUUGUGCAUGGCUUUUAAAUCRACCUGACGUGUACACGUCUUAGGGUAUUUCAACCUUUUUCAUAUAUUACCUAAUAAUUAUUUUUAUCACUCUUAUGUAUUAUAUUUUAAUAACGCAUGAUCAUACGUAUUAUGUAUUAUUUGUAAUAGUUAUAUUUUUUAAUAGUUAUUGUAUAUCAGUACGAUGUUUGUUAUUUUCAAUAAAAUCUUUUAAGAUGA